UCCUUCUUCAUCUAUUUUCCAUAUACCUCUUGUGAUUCCAUAAUUGGUUAACUUUAUCCCUCAACUUUGUCACAACGAAUUUGUAGCCACAAAAAGAACAUGGGUUUUUUCUAUUCAUUGAAUUCUCCGAGUUCAUGAUGUGGAAACUUCUGCAAAAAUAAGGAGCUCUUUUUCUUCUGAAAAGAUAAGGGUAGCAAAGAUCAGUUUCUGCUUGACUAUAUUUUACAGUAUCUCAGAUGGGAUACUUAUCACAACCAUCAGAACAUUCAAACAUGAAACCAAUCUCACUUGCAAAGAUGGAUGAAAAUGAAGAAUUAUGUUCUUAUGCUUCUUGGCUAGAAAAACAUCCUUCUGUGUUGGACAAUUUUGAGAAAGUGAUGAGCGUUGCUGAAGGGAAAGAGAUUGUUGUGUUUUUGGACUAUGAUGGAACACUUUCACCGAUUGUAGAUGACCCUGAUAAAGCUUACAUGAGUGAUGUUAUGCGUGCAGCUGUGCGUGAAAUUGCUUAUUGUUUUCCCACUGCCAUUGUUAGUGGAAGGUGUAAGGAUAAGGUGUAUGAAUUUGUGAAGUUAAGGAAUGUUUACUAUGCUGGAAGUCAUGGUAUGGAUAUAUCAACUCCAUCAGGGUCUUCAAAAUGUGAAGAUCAGAAGCAUCAGAUAAAGGGUGUUGAUGAAAAGGGUAAUCAUGUUGUUCACUUUCAUCCUGCAAAAGAAUUUUUGCCAACCAUUCAAGAGAUAAUUAAGGUUUUGAAAGAAAAUAUAAGAAGAAUAAAAGGCUCUAUGAUUGAGGAUAACAUGUUUUGUGUCACUGUACACUACCGGUGUGUGAAAAAUGAAGAGGAUAUUAGUGUUCUGAGAGAAAUGGUGGAGUCCACAAUGAAAUCUUACCCCAGUUUCCACAUAUCAAGUGGAAGAAAGGUUAUGGAGAUACGUCCAAAUGUAAACUGGGACAAAGGGUGUGCUCUUAUGUAUUUGCUUGACACUCUUGGCUUUGACAACUUUAACAAUGUUCUUCCAAUCUACCUCGGAGAUGACAGAACUGAUGAAGAUGCUUUUAAGGUUAUAAGACACAUUGGACAAGGUUUUCCCAUUGUUGUUUCUUCAAUUGCAAAGGAGACUCAGGCUUCAUAUUCUCUGCGUGAUCCUUCUGAUGUGCUCGCUUUCUUGAUUCGUUUAGCAAGAUGGAAGAAGAACAUGUUACACAAAACUAAGUAAACAACCUCAGAAGGGAAAAAAAAUAGUGUAGGCUAAUUUGGUGGUUUUAAAUUUGACAAAUUGGCCUAUUUUUUUCAUUUUUUAUUUUGUAAAGGAUAGAAGCAUAUAAAGAUGAUACUAACAAAAUCAUUUAGAAGAUACAAAAUUUAGUUUCAUCUGUUUAGAUUUCUAUAAAGUGCAACUGAUUCAUAUUUCUGUUUUCA